UUACUCCGCCGUGUGAUCCAUCCUGUGGACGUCGUCUUCGUUGGAAGGUGGAACCCCUUUUGCGUGGCUGAACGAGGACCGGUUGCCGCGGUGACGAACACUUUUUCGCUGAGCGAUGAGAAACUCGUGGCUGCCUUGAUUCCGGAGCAAUGAGGGAGAUCAGCCGCUUGUUACUCGGGGUGGUCGGAGCAGUGGUGGUCGGCGCAGCCGUUUGCGGUCGUAUUCCAGGCCUGGCGAAGAGUCAACGGGAGCAGUGCAGAAAAGCGCCGCACGCGAUGCCUGCGGUGGGCGAGGGCGCGGAGCUCGGACUCCGCGAGUGCCGGCAUCAGUUCAGACAUCACCGCUGGAACUGUUCCCACGUGGCCAACGAUCAGGUCUUCGGCCACGUGGUCGUAGUAGGUAAGGAUUGUCCUGUCACCGCGGCCAGCCCGUUAUUUAUUAUGCUCCUCGGGCGUUUAACAGUGGCGUUGCUCGCGGGGCCCCUGCCACGCCGUAUGGGGCGCUCGCGGUCUGUAAAAGGCCGGCCGGCGUGUACGCGGUAAUGGAUUCAAGCGUCUUCGGUAUUUCGAGCGCGCGACGAUGUGAUGCAGACUCGGAUUCGCGUCGGAAGCUAAAGAUGCAUCGAGGAGCACUGCUAGAGCCAGUGGAAUAACAAACGGUUGGAAUAAACGGGAUAUUAAGUGAAUUUUUUCAUUUUUUUAAGCCCAUUUUUCCGAGAUUUUGUGGAUUUGACGUGGUUUGGUGGGUGAUAGUUGGGGUUAUAGAACUGUUAAACGCAGUUAGCGAAGAAGGUAGGGGAGAUAAGGGAUAGACAAAGGAAAGGGGAAAAGGAAUGUCCAUUUUUGAAGAUUUUAGGGGUUUGACAUAUUAUGUUUGUUGAUGUUAUAGAACUGUUAAAUGAAAUUAGUAAAGAAGAUAGAGAAAAUAAGGGGUAGAUAAGGAAAGGGUGAAAGGGAAUUUCCAUUUUUGAAGAUUUUAGGGGUUUGACCAAUUAUAUUUGUUGAUGCUAUAGAACUGUUAAAUGAAAUUAGUAAAGAAGAUAGAGAAGAUAAGGAAUAGAUAAGAAAAGAGGGAAAGGGAAUUUCCAUUUUGGAAGAUUUUAUUGACGUGACAUGUUUGGUUAAUGAUACCUGGUGUUAUAGACUGUUAAGUCAUGGAUGGUUACACAAUGUGAAUG